CCUAAAGCAAGUGCAGCGCAGCAGCUCUGCGUCAAAUUUACAUCCUGGAGCAGUUGGCAUUUUGCUUAUCACGAGCAAAAACGCGGCGGCUCGCGAGAGCGAUCGCGGGGAGUGACGUCGGGUGUGUGUGUCUGUCGCGGGGCGGCAGUUCCGAAAAGUGAAAUUCCUUGCGGCCCUUCUUUUGUACAAAGAAGAGAAUUAGCGGCGGGCGGGCGGGCAGCGGAAAGUGACAGAAAGACGUGCGGCGACGCGUGCUAAAAAUGUGUGUUGUUGGACCCCUGCUAAUUGCCGAUAACAAGGAGGUGCGUGGCCUACAAUUGCAACGGCAGCACCCACAAGCGCGCUAGCCAUGCAGGUGUUGCCCUCGGCGCUGCUGCUCUGCGCUCUGUGCAGAUUCCUCGCCAGGGCCGCCCAGCCGCCCUUGGCCUCCGAGGAGCCGGACGCCGCCGCCGGCGAGCGGGCCAGCAAGUUCCUGGAUCACGUCGUCACCAAAGAACAGGCCGCGCAGGCUGCGUCCAAGUUCGACGUCUCCAAACUCGGUGUGAGUGAUGAGGUUGGUUGCGGCAAAUGCUCGCUCCAAGAGAGAAUGUACUGCGUUAGCGACGCUGUCCUCAGUGACCAUUGCUGUUGCGACAAACACCUUGAACCGAUGCCGUUCGUGCCCCACAGAUGUUACGUGAAUCUUCCUCCGGCGGCUCCUUGCGCGCCGAUAGCAGGAAACUGCGCGCAGUACUCGCGAAUUUACGACUGCUGCUGCAAGCACAUCCUCCAGCAAAGAUUUCCGGCCCGUCCUGUGCACAGCGGAUGGCUGGCCUCGCUCUUCUCUCUGAUGGGCCUUCAAUGGUCAGAGAGGGAACCUUACGGCGACCCCGUGCCAAAUAGGCCUCAUGCCGGCCAAUCUUCUGCCCAGUCAUAUGCCACUUCCCAAUUUCAACCUCAUUCAAACUUCUCUUCCUUUUCCCUGUCAGACGAAAUUCCACAAUUCGCUCCAUUAAAUGAAACCGGGCACAACAAAUUAGUAUCAGGCGCACAUGUUCCGCGAGGAGGUCUCGUCGCACUUCUAGCAACAUUGGCAAUGCUGCUCUUCAGGUGGUGACGUCACCGGAGAACAACAGGUCUGGCUGUGCACUCGCUUAUACAUUUCAAUGAUAAUUAUUUUUGCUACUUGCUCCGCGCGCGAUCAUGUGUGAAAAGCGCGUGUAUUAUUAUAGAGUCUUGUUAUGUAAAUUCAUAUUGUGUUAUCCAUCGUCUAACGUAAUGUAACGUUCCUAACUAAGUCAGUGUUAACCAUUAAAUAGCAAACCAGUGCGGAUUCCCUUGGUUUUAAAAUUAAAAAUGAA